CUCUAUAUGAAGACCCUCAACUCCAUGGACAGCAUGCUGAGGACAAUGGUGCUCAGCUUUCCUGCCUCUCUAGUCAGCGAGGAGCUGCAGGGCAUCUUGGAGCUGCUGCUGGACUUCACCAGAUGCGAGAGAGAGGCUGUGAGGGAGAGGGCCAUGGCAAGGAUCGAUGUGCUGACCCGUGUGCUGUCCGACUAUUCCACUCUGCAGGCCUGUGCCAACGUCAGAAGAGGCACUGCUGGACCUGUCUGCUCUGGGGAGAUCCAGCUCCCGCUCCUAGGAAAGCUGCUGGGGCGUCUCAUCCUUUUCCGGUUCUCCGAGGAACAGACAAGCUGUGCAGCUUUCCAUGCUCUUUUUGCCCUGGCUGACUUCAUCUUGGAAUCCAGGCUAAAGGACAGAGCAGACCAAGUCCACCGGGAAGCCGUGACCACCUCCGCGCUGUGUUCUCUGAGCGCCAGGGACUGUGCCAAGGCCUUUGGAAAAUACCUGCAGUCCCACGAGAGGACAGACGUCAUCCUCGUGGCCAUUGAGGCAUUGGGCGAUGCCAGCAUCCUCGACCAGCAGGUGCCCAGCAGCCUGCUGGAUGUGGCCUUGGAGGACCCGGACGUCUGGCUGACGGACGCGCCCAAGAUAGUCAGCAGCAUCCUUGAGAGCCUGCCAUACUGCAGCACACAGGCAGCGUGGGAGAAAGCAGAGUCGCUCCUUCGCCUGAUGACCAACCUGUACCCCACCACAGUGGUCAUCCUCCUGUGUAAGGCGGCUCUUCAAGGAGACAGCACUGCGCCGGAGCUGUGGGAACUGAUGUCCUCCAUGCCAGAGACGCUGGCCAAGAUCUUGGAGGACUUUGCCAACCUGCUGCGCAGACAGUGCUUCCGCUGCUCCGCAGAAGGCCCCCGCACCCAGCCCAUGGCUUCAUCCUCCAGGAAGGCUGAGUGGGAGGAGUUGGCUGAGGAGCCCGACUCUGUCGAGAGCCAUCAGGGCUGUCCAAACAUGAGGACGGCCAGGCUGCUGCUGGAAGGGCUCGUCGGGCUGUCGCAGAGAGCCGAGAUGGCAAGAAACAUUGAACUCUUCCUACCGGGCAUGAUGAAGAUCCUGCAAGUUGGCAGCAAAGACGCCAAGAUGAAGAUCCUGCUGGCCUUGCAAAACGUUCUGUGUCAGCUGAAGAAGAGCAAGGCCAGCUUCAUCGCUGUGCAGCUUGUGGGGAGGCUCCUGCCCCUCUUUGACUCGGAGUGCAGCGAGCUGCGAGAGCUGUCCAUCCGCAUGCUGACAGAGCUGCUGCAGUUGGUGGUGGGCAGGGAUGAGAAGAGGAUGAGGAAGGAGGUGUGGUGGGCACUGGUGCCUCUCCUCUUCCGCAUGAGCGACCAGGUCCCCAGCGUGGCCAAGGCCUCCAGGGAAGCCCUUCUUGCUGCCGCUGAGCUGCUGAAGUGGAAGACGCUCAAGCACCUGCUGCAGAGAGAGCGGCUGUGGGAGCUUGGAGCGUGCUUGCUGCAGAACAGCAGGAACAGGGCUGAAGACUUCAUCCACCAGAGCCUGCCCUACCUGCAGGACCCUCAGGCCAACGUGCGCCUGGCGGCCGUCAGGUUCAUCGGACUCAUCACAUGGCGCCUGAGGGAGCAGACCACGGAGAGUCAGGCUGACAUCCUGAGCGCACUUCAGCCCUUGGAGAAUGACUGGGACAUCUCUGUCAGCUCCCUGGCAGUUCAGACAACCUCCAUUCUGAGGAGUCCUUGCGUGCAGCAAAGACCAAGAGGCCUCCUGCAAGCACUGCGCUGCUGCUGGCCGUGAGCCCGGCAGAG